AUGGCUGCCCAGCCAAGAUACGCAAAAGAGCCUGGGGAGAUCCGUAUCCUCACGGCUAAUGCCAUGCUUGGGUAUGGAUACAAGGCGGACCAUUUCUGGUAUGGCAUCCACGAAUAUCACCCUGAUGCCAUCGUCAUCGACUCCGGCAGCACAGAUGGUGGCCCCUUCAAACUAGGGAUGGGUCGCAAGACUGUCGCAGAUGAAUCCUACAUUCGUGAUCUGACUCCAUACGUCACUGCCUGUGCUCACUACGGAAUCAAACUUCUAGUAAGUAGUGCUGGUGGAGAUGGUAGCGACAAACAUCUCGCUGAGAUUGUUGCCAUCAUCAACAAAAUUAUAGAAGACAACGGCUUCAAGUUCAAGGUCGCCACCAUUGGUGCUUCCGUCAGCAAGCAAAUUGUCCUGUCCAAGAUGAAGGAAGGCAAAGUCAGUCCCUGCGGACCUGUCCCAGCCUUGACAGAACAGGAUGUCAAUACCGCUGUCGAUAUUGUUGCCCAGAUGGGGCCAGAACCCUUUGUCAAGGCUCUCAAAGAGGGCAACCCGGACAUCAUCGUUUCGGGUCGUGCCUACGAUCCUUCACCAUUUGCAGCAUUUUGCAUCAGCCUUGGGGUAGAGACUGCACCUGCUUUCCACCUGGGGAAGAUCCUCGAAUGUGGUGGACAGUGCGCUGUGCCCAAGGGUCGAUCAAUGAUUGCUACGAUCCGCAAAGAUUCCUUCGAUCUCACUCCUCUAAACCCCAUUGAAAGAUGUACUCCCCUCUCUGUCGCAGCCCAUUCACUGUAUGAGAAGACCCGACCAGAUCAGCUUCCUGGGCCAGGGGGUGUACUUCAUCUCGACACUGCGAGCUACAAGGUUCUAGAAGAUGGACGUACCGUUCGAUGCUGGGGCUCUCGCUUCGUCCCGACUCCAACCUAUCAAGUCAAACUGGAGGGUGUCUCUCCAGUCGGGCACCGCGCCAUCUUUAUUGGUGGAUUCCGUGAUCCCAUCCUCAUAGCAGGACUGGAUGACUUCCUCGAAAACCGCGUCCGAAAUUACACCCGAGGUCUAUUUCCCGAGCUCGAUAAGUCUGACGACUGCCGACUCAUCUUCCACGUCUAUGGUCGUAACGCCAUCAUGGGACCCCUAGAACCUAAUCCAGUCCCCAGCCACGAAGUCGGUGUUCUCGGCGAGGUUGUAGCGCCCACUUCGGCAAAGGCCAUGGCUAUCGCAAACAGUGCCCGUGUCUCGUGCUUGCAUCUCUACUAUCCAGGCAUCCUCGCCACAACCGGAAACUUCGCCAGCCCUCUAAGCCCUCAUGAGCAGGAUGCAGGUGCCGUCUUCAAAUUCAGCGUCUACCACCUCAUGGACAUUGAUGACGCGGCUGACCCAACCCUGUUCCCCAUCAACUAUCUCGAUGUCGGUCCUGGGACAUACACCAAGAAUCCGUCUCACGGACAACAGUUUUAUGAGCUCAAAAGCUUCCUCGGCGUAUCACCCCAAGAUAUUCCAAAGAAGCAAGUACCAACCUCAGCCAUCACUAUACGCGACAUCGCCAGCGUCGUGAGAUCUAAGAACAGCGGCCCCUUUGAGCUGACAUUCGAUAUUAUGUUUGACGACGAGAUGCACUUUAACCGUGUUAAGGAUGCCAAUGUGUUAACCAACGAGACAAUCAAGUCUUUAUAUCAAAUCAAGGAUGAAGAUAUCGUGGUGAACAUGUACUUCCAGCCUGCUCUGGCUUGGAAGUGUACGAUUCGGAGACCCUGGGCUCAAGGGAGUGUCGGCGAGCGUGAUACUCUAGGCACUGCUCAGCAUGCACCUUUGCUCUCCGUUGCUGUUCCUGCCGCUGUGCAAACAAAUGGACAUGUGUAG